UUGGUGGUAGCGGGUGGGAACUCGGGUGUCACGGUUCCCCACUGUGUGGGCGAGGCCCCCGUCUGGAGGCUAGGUUUUUGACCCGCAUCUUAGAAUGUAAGCCUUCACCCAGAAGUGUAUGGUAGAACGGAAGAAGACGGAGAAAACAAAGGGUCAUCUGAAAUUGUGAUUUCCUCAUUGAUAAUUCCAGGACAAAGUUCGAGAUCACUCCUUAAGCAUAAGUUUUUUCAGACCACUACAGGGAUGUUUGACGUCAAGGCCUGGGCUGAGUAUGUGGUGGAGUGGGCCGCAAAGGACCCAUACGGCUUCCUGACGACAGUGAUUCUGGCCCUCACGCCACUGUUCCUCGCAAGCGCUGUGCUGUCCUGGAAAUUGGCCAAGAUGAUCGAAGCCAGGGAAAAGGAGCAGAAGAAGAAGCAAAAACGUCAAGAGAAUAUUGCAAAAGCCAAACGACUGAAAAAGGAUUGAAGCAAAGGGGCUCUGCAGUCAGAGAGCAAUCACUUGGGAAACACUGUCACGUGGAAGGCCCCCCACUAAGGUCUCCUCUUUAGAUUGUAUGACAUGUUAUUUAGCAGACAGGAUCUGACCAGGUUGAAGAGCCGCUUCCUCAAUACUGAAUUCGCAUUUCAUCUUGGGUCUAGUUUGUUGGUGUCAGUUGGCAGUUACUGCAAAUUCGCAUUUAUUGUGUUACAAAAUUCUUGAUAGCUGGCAGUUUUCCAGCAUACGUACUGAAAUGAAAACAUCCAAAAAAAAAACGUGUUGAUGAACUCUAUUCAAAUAAUGCCUUGAAUUCAGGAGCCCCGCUUUGGACAAAGGAAAUUAUGAUUGUUAAAAUGAAAAUUGUCCUCUUUGGGGCAAAAAGUGUGUUUUGGUUUAAGAAACAUAAAAUACACUCAAUCACAUCUUCUACCAUGAUUGCUUUUUUCUUGGGUAAAAUCAUUUCUGGCUUUCUCAGAAUGAUAUAAGUGUUUCUGUUUUCUGCAGUGUUCUGAUUUUAGCCUUAGAGAUAGUGUUAAUUAUAUCAGAUGAUCCGCAUUUUUAUAAACCUAAUUUUACAAAGAAGUGUUCUUAUUUUACCUAUGUAGAUUAUCACUGGCUGUCACAAUAUUCGUACUCAUGACCAUUGCCAUUUUCUUAGAGGUGAUUUGUUCAGAAGAAUAAAUUGAUGAGUUAAAUCUUACUUUAAAGUGCCACAUAUAGUUGUACCUAGAACCGGUUUUUUUUUCUUGCAUGUGCUAAAUGGAAAUAACUAGAAUGCCUUAGAUAAUUUGAUUAUAUAGGUAGUGCUAUUUCUUCAUUUCAUUCUGUUUUAACUCAUGUAAUGAAGUCCUGUACUUUGAUCAGUUUCAAGGUGAACAUUUACAUUUCAAGUUUUCUAUCGGAAUUUUUAUGAAUAAUAGUUAAGUCAUAAUUCAUGAGUGACAAAGAAAAACUUAAGUUUUAGAAAACUGCUAUACAUUGUAGUAAUUUGGCAAAAAUAGGUAAAUUAUAUGAAAAAUAUUUUAACUAGAACAAUUUGAGUAAGUUGUAAAACUGGAAUUUUUUAUGUUUAAAAAGAACUUUUGUAAAUGCAGAGUCCAUUAAUAUUUUCAUUGCUAUUUAAUAUCUUGUCCCCACUUCUGAUAAAAAUUCUGAUUUUUGAAAAAUUGUCCAGCUCUAAUUUAAAAAUGAACUUAGAUGCUGAAAUAAAUUUAAUACUUUUUUUUCAUAAAGAGGUCCUGGACUUUGGUGUGGGGUAUAAUGUACGUAUGUUAUAGCAUUUUUCAAAAGACUAUAGAUUGCGAUUAUAGCUAAUAAGCAGUCUCAGAAGUUUACCACAGUGUUCUCAACCUUGAGACUGCGAGGACACCUGAGAAUGGCUGUGGAGAGUUUGAAUAGCACUUAGUUUUAUUAUUGUAGGUUACUAAUCACUACUUGGUUCCAGAAAAAUGACUUCUUUGCCUGUUUUGAACUACUGGCCCCUGUAGCUCUGCAGACCGGUUUAAGAAAAACUAGCGGAAGAUAUAUCUAAAAUGUUUAGGUUUCUUCAUUCACGCUGUUCCAUGGAAGGCAUUUAUAAACAUGGCUUGCUCUACAAGCCACAUAAGUAAAGGAAGUAUGUUCACUGUACUUCUUUAUUAUUCAUGAAAGGUGUGGUUUCAUGAGUUCUGUUACCUAUAAAAGGUCUGAUUUCGUGAGUUUGAGGUGGGAGAAAGAUGUGGUAGCCUGUUUCUGCAAAGAUUACAGCCUUGGACACCGUAUGGGGCAGUACUACUCUGUCCUAGAGGGCUCAGGGUGGCUGUGGAUCUGGAAUGUCUAGGCAAUGGGUCUGGUUUUAGAUUUAG